AUGCGAGGAAGUGCUGGAGCAAUAUCAACAGUACGCGGCUGCAAACGGCAGGGCAGUGCGGAACCUGAUCUCCAUCAAAAAGAAGUUCCAGAGUUUGAUAAACGCCAAGGAACCGACUGGGGAUCCGGACUGCCCUGA